AAAUUUACAACAGAACUUUUACGUCUCCUGCAUGUUGCAUUUGGGUCACAGAGUGAACUUAGACCUUGUGAGAUUUUGUCAGACAAAAUGUGUAAGUUCAGGAAGCUUAAGUCACUGCAUGUCUACUGUCAGAUCAGAUUACAGUUGUUUUUUAUUGCUUUGACCUGCUGAAAGGAUCUGAGAUCCACUCAGUUUGCAUCAUCUCAGCAGUAGAAAACCUCCUGCAGAUAUAUGAACAUCUGGACACGUUUCUCUUACCCUUUCUGAAGACAAUUAACACAGACGUCAUUCAAGCCAAACUCCAUCGUUUAUGGCAACCAAACAGCUUACAACUUUGUGUAUUACCGCCAUCAACUGGACGGAGAUGUAAUUCAGAAAUUUAUUUAUCCUAUAUAUCUUCAAAUCUUAAAAUAACUAAAUUACAUACAUACUUAUACACUCACACACACAUACAUACUAAAUCCUCUCAGCUAAUUUUGUAUCUUUUAAAUAUUUAAUAAGUGCUUGAAUUAUAUCAUGUGAUUGAUGCUUUCCUAAUAAAUUAGCCAUAAUUACUGAACUCCCCAUUACCCUUUCCAAUUCUUUCCUCUUUUUUAUAUAUUUUCUACAAUAAAUCAACACAUGUUCUACUCCUUCUGUUUUCCUGCAAUAAGAGCAAUCAUCUGAUGGAUGUUUCCCUAUUAUUUUUAAACCACUAUUUAAACUAGUAUGCCCAAUCCUCAACCUGUUAAUCCAUAUUUCGUCUCUCCUAUUCAUUAUACUAUUAUUUCUUAUGAUUACCUCCUUCUGUAUUUUAUGUAAAUGAUUGGACAGAUCAGUGUCUGUCUUGUGAUUGGUGGCUUCCUACAGGAAGUUGUGAGCAGAGUUUAAAAGCUGCUGCAGGACUGCAGACAUUCACAGGAAGCUGGACCAGCAAUGGCUCUGCUGAAGGUUCUGCUGCUGCUGGGGCUGGGUGUUUCAGUGAACUCAAAUGUUUCUCUGCAGAAGAGAAUCAUUGGAGGCCAUGACUGUGAUGACAGGGAGCGUCUUUAUCAUGUUCGGAUUGAGAGCAGCAAUUAUACUACAAUAAGACUGUGUGGAGGAUCUCUGAUCGACGCUAAGUGGAUCCUGACUGCAGCUCACUGCUGGGAGUCGGAGGCAGGGUGGAUUAAUGUAGCAAUGUUAAAAGUUCAUCCAAGGAGGGCUAAACAGCAGAACCAUGUAAUCCGAUACGAUCCUGUGAUUUAUACUGACCAGGGCCAAAAGCAUGAUAUCAUGUUGCUGAAGCUUCAGAGACCAGUAACAGAUAUCCCACCUGCUCGGCUACCAAGAUGCCAGAAUCGUCCUAAAAUAGGCGAUACAGUUCAGCUGGCAGGAGAGGGAGGAACAACAACCGGCCCCAAUUAUGAGCGAAACCCCAAUAAUCGUAUUCCAAAACAUCUUCAGUGUGUCAACAUGAGUGUUGUUCUGGAUACCCACUUUAGACCAACAUGUGGGAAAACAUUUCUUACUGAUGCACAAAACAAGGAUAUAUGUCUUGGCGACUCUGGUUCAGCAGUGGUGUUCAACGGGAUGAUUUAUGGUGUGAUUGUUGAAUGUGGAACAAGCUUUGCAUGUCUGAUACCAUCUACAAUCAUAGAUGUUUGUGAAUACAUGGAUUGGAUAAAACAAACAACUGGGCUUAAAUAAAACAUAAACUAUCAUGAAAUAAAAUUCUCAUCAAAUUUCCUCAGAUGUAAUUUUAUAGUUGUUUCUUCAUCACUUUGUAGUUUGUAGAAUUAGGAUAAAUGAAUAGUUUUGUUUUCUCUCACCUGACCUUGACCUCCUUAAUUGAGCUUUCUCUACCUCAGAAAUGAAACAUUAAUC